AUGACUGAUUAUAAACAUCCUUAUGAAAGGAUGAAAGUGGUUACAGCCUGUGACAUGGCAGGUGCAGCCAUGUAUGAGCUGGUGAGAGUGGGCCACAGUGAGCUGGUUGGAGAGAUUAUCCGAUUGGAGGGUGACAUGGCUACUAUCCAGGUGUAUGAAGAGACUUCUGGUGUAUCUGUUGGAGAUCCUGUACUCCGCACUGGUAAACCCCUCUCAGUAGAGCUCGGGCCUGGCAUUAUGGGCGCCAUUUUUGAUGGUAUUCAGAGACCUUUGUCAGAUAUCAGCAGUCAGACUCAAAGUAUCUACAUUCCCAGAGGAGUAAAUGUGUCCGCUCUUAGCAGAGAUGUCAAAUGGGAUUUUACACCUUGCAAAAACCUACGGGUUGGUAGUCACAUCACUGGUGGAGAUAUUUAUGGAAUUGUCAAUGAGAACUCACUCAUCAAACACAAAAUCAUGUUACCCCCACGAAACAGAGGAACUGUAACUUACAUUGCUCCACCUGGAAAUUAUGAUACCUCAGAUGUUGUCUUGGAGCUUGAAUUUGAAGGUAUAAAGGAAAAGUUUAGCAUGGUCCAGGUAUGGCCUGUACGUCAAGUUCGGCCUGUCACUGAGAAGCUGCCGGCUAAUCAUCCCUUGUUGACUGGCCAGAGGGUCCUUGAUGCCCUUUUUCCAUGUGUACAGGGAGGAACUACUGCAAUCCCGGGGGCUUUUGGCUGUGGAAAGACAGUGAUAUCACAGUCUCUAUCCAAGUAUUCCAACAGUGAUGUGAUCAUCUAUGUAGGAUGUGGUGAACGAGGAAAUGAGAUGUCCGAAGUCCUCCGGGACUUCCCAGAGCUCACGAUGGAAGUUGAUGGUAAGGUGGAAUCAAUUAUGAAGAGGACAGCCUUGGUAGCCAAUACCUCCAAUAUGCCUGUUGCUGCUAGAGAAGCUUCUAUUUAUACUGGAAUUACACUGUCAGAAUAUUUCCGUGACAUGGGUUAUCAUGUCAGUAUGAUGGCUGACUCUACCUCUAGAUGGGCAGAGGCUCUUAGAGAAAUCUCUGGCCGCUUAGCUGAAAUGCCUGCAGAUAGUGGAUAUCCUGCAUAUCUUGGUGCCCGUCUGGCCUCUUUCUAUGAGCGAGCAGGCCGGGUGAAAUGUCUUGGAAAUCCUGAAAGAGAAGGAAGUGUCAGCAUUGUAGGAGCGUAAGCACCUCAACUGUUCACUUUUCAAAAGAAAAAUUAAAAGUCAUUUAUUUUAUUUUA